AUGCCCCGGGGCUUCCUGGUGAAGCGCAGCCGGCGGCCCACCCCCGUGUCCUACCGGGUGCGCUGCUGCCGCGAGGCUGUCGCCGGCUCGCCGCUCCCCGCCGGCGCCGCCCAGCCGCCCGCCUGCCCCGCCGCUCCGCCGCCCCUGCCGCGGGACUCGCCGCCGCCGGUGCCAUUCGGGACGCCCGAUGCCGCCGUGCAGGCGUUGUAUAGCCCCACGCGGCCCGUCAGCAGGGACAAAUACCUGGAGCGCGGCUUCAGCCUGGGCUCGCCCGUCUCAGCCGAGUCCUUCCCCGCGCCGGCCGUUCCCGGCACCAUGGACCCGAUCCUCUUCGCCCCGGCUGACCUCAAGCUCUGGGCCGCUGCUGGCCACACCGAGCCGCCCGGCGCCCAGCCCGGCCCCGGUGGGGUCCCCGCCCCGGCCGCGCCGCCUGCCUCGGGCCGCCCGCUGCCCGCCAAGCGCCCGCCGGGUGCCUCCGAACCUGGGCGGCAGAAGGCCCAGUCGGGCAAGAAGACGAAGGCGAUCCGCAAGCUGACCUUUGAGGACGAAGUGACCACCUCGCCGGUGCUGGGGCUGCGCAUCAAGGAGGGCCCGGUGGAGGUGCCGGCCAAGGCACGAGGCGGCUGCGCCCGUCCGCUGGGCGAGUUCAUCUGCCAGCUCUGUAAGGAGGAGUACGGGGACCCCUUCGCGCUGGCGCAGCACCGCUGCUCCCGCAUCGUCCGGGUGGAGUACCGCUGCCCCGAGUGCGACAAGGUCUUUUCCUGCCCCGCCAACCUCGCCUCCCACCGCCGCUGGCACAAACCCCGUCCACCCGCCACCAAGAGCGGCCCCGAGGCAGGCCGGGCACCGGCCGCGGGCCCAGGCCCGGUCCCGGCGGAGGAGACACCGAAGGAGGCGAGCGGUGGCAGUGGCAGCGAGCGGGACACACCGAGCCCUGGCGGAGCCUCGGAGGCGGGCUCCGAGGAGGGGCUCUUCGAGUGUCCCCGCUGCGCCAAGCGGUUCCGCCGGCAAGCCUACCUGCGCAAGCACCUGUUGGGGCACGCUACACCGACAUCCACGCCAGUCCCGGUACCCGCACCAGCCCCGGGGCCCAGCGCCGAGGAGCUGCCUGCCGCCGAGUGCCGCCUCUGCCCCGUCUGCGGGGAGACCUUCCCCAGCAAGAGCAGCCAGGAGCGGCACCUGCGCCUCCUGCACGCCGCCCAGGUCUUCCCCUGCAAGUACUGCCCGGCCACCUUCUAUAGCUCUCCCGGUCUCACCCGGCACAUCAACAAGUGCCACCCCUCAGAGAACCGGCAGGUCAUCCUGCUCCAGGUGCCGCUGCGCCCUGCCUGCUGAGCCGCCCGUGCCUUCCCCG